UGCGCGUUCCCGAUGCAGAGGGAACAGAUUUUCACAGGGGAACCGAAUUGUGUUCUGUUUCGCCAUUUCCUGUUUACAGCCAGGUGUGCCGCUCAGUGUGCGGAACACGACAGACGCCACAGUGUCAGGAGUAACAUGGACUCAAGCCACCGAACCUCUCUGCGCUUCAGAAGAGGCGCACAGUUAAAGGUUGUGUGUCUCUUCCUGGUUGCUGUCGGCUUUGGCCCUGCUAUUGGUGUGAACAUCAAUGUUACAGUUGGAGACAAUGUCACUCUGCCAUGUGAAGCCAACGACUACAGGCUAUUAGAAGUUGUGGAGUGGAGCAGACCUGGGGCAGAGAUACAAGAGCUUAAAUAUGUUCUAAUGUUUAACAAAAACAACCCAGAUCUGGAUAUUCCAGAACAAAGGUUCAAGGGUCGAGUUGAUCUGGUGGACAUGGAGAAAGGAAACGUGUCUUUGAAGCUGAGGAACGUGAAACUUGAGGACAGAGGAACAUAUGAGUGUUAUGUUCAGGGAGAAACAAAACGUAAUAAGAGAAACAUUAUGCAGUCAAUCAACACUGUCUACCUGCAUGUAGCUCCUCCUGCUGCUCCUCCUGCUGCUCCUCCAGGUGAGUGUUUGUCUCUGGAUCAGAACCAGCAGGUCCUGGUUCUGGAUCUCAGAUCAGAUAAUGAUGAUCUUCAGUGGGAUCAGACUAACUCCUGGUUCUGUUCUGCAGGUGGAGGACACAUUGUACCGGUUCUGGUGAUGUUUGCUGUGGUUGCUGUUCUAGCUCCUCUGGUUGUGUUUGUCUGGAAGAAGAGAAAUGUUUCUCCUCCCCAGGAUGAAACUGUAGAGGCUCUUCAGCCCUGACUAGCAGCUGUAAACAUCAGCAGAUAUUGUUAUUAUGCUUUGCCCUGCUUACAUCAGUGUAAUCCAGCCAUUGGACAGACACAAGACCGAACAUUCCUAAUGACGGUCCCAAGCCCGGGAAAUGGAGAGGGUUACUGAGGAAGGUUGUUUUCCACAGCUGCAUAAGGACCAGACCUUCUUGCCUCUUGCUUUCCUUCCUAAUCAUUGUAUGAAAACUUUCAUGUUGUCUCUGCCUGGCAGAGCUUAGUGAGCUGGGUUAGACUUGAAUCCAGACCGGCUUGAUUAUCUUAUGAGCUCUUAUAAUUGUGCAGAAUGCAUGAAUGAACCUGAUUGAGUGCUUCUACCUGAACAGUCCUUAGAAAGAGUUUUUUUGCAUGACACCAGUCAGCUCAGUGGCCUGCAGCCUGUUUCCUGUUAGCACAUCCUGUUCAUCUCGUCUGAACCACAGAAACCAGCUGCUGCUGGUUCCACUGACUUUGACUGAAACUGGUCUCAACCAGAUUUCAGCACAAAUAAACCAGUGUUGGUGAAAACGUGGCCUGUUUCCACCUGUCUGCUCUGUUAGUGGCCAUGUUCACAUGAACGUAGCGCGACGCUCUGCUCUGUCUUGGUUCCAGUGGCUUUGUGGGCGUCUCUCACAGAAGUCCAGCUGUUGCAGGAACCAUUUCACU